AUGACACUUCCAACAGUCACGAAUAAAUCUCGAAAAUCAGAAGUUAGCCCAAUGAAUACAUUUUGUACAUCAUCAAAUUUUCAUAUGAAUCCACUUUUUUCGACGCUUUUCCCUAAUCUUACAUCUCAACAACAACAGCAACAAUUUCUUACGCAAUUAUUACUUUCUGGAGCAACAUGUCCUCCAUUACUAUCAUUUAAUAAUAAUCCUAUUGCAAAUGCAUUACAAUUACUUCUCAAUAAUAGUGCUCUCUUUUAUCAACAACAGAAUCUUUCACUUUGUUCAAUACCAGCACUUAUCGAUAAUAACAAAGUACAAGAAUCAUUAAAUGCAGAAUCGAUUUCCACAAGAACAAUGUCACCUAUCAAUAUGAAAUAUAACCAUGAUUCAAUUGAUUGCAGUUCAUCAGAUUCAAAUGAAAAAUCAACAUUAGAUGAUGAUGAUUGUUCACCAACAAUUGCAACAACACUAGCAUCAUUACCUUUGCAUAAUAGUGAAGCAGCAAUAACAACAACAACAACUGUUGAUGGAAUUAAUUUAGAAGAAAUAAAAUAUUUUGCUAAAGCAUUCAAAUUACGUCGAUUAGCAUUAGGAUUAACACAAACACAAGUUGGUCAAGCUUUGAGUGUUACUCGUGGUCCAGCUUACAGUCAGUCGGCUAUAUGUCGUUUUGAAAAACUUGAUAUAACACCAAAAAGUGCUUCAAAAAUAAAACCUGUACUUGAAAAAUGGAUGCAUGAAGCUGAAUUAAAAUAUGGAGAUCGUUUGAAAAAUGGUCCAUCCAAUUUACAUGAACUUGUUACUGAUCUAAAUGCAAAGAAACGUAAACGACGUACAUCAUUCACUCCUCAAGCGCUUGAAAAAUUAAAUGAUGCAUUUGAAUUAAAUACACAUCCAUCCGGUCUUGAUAUGUCAACACUUGCACAACAACUAAAUUACGAUCGAGAAGUAAUUCGUGUUUGGUUUUGCAAUAAACGACAGGCAUUAAAAAAUUCAGCAAAAAAAUUUAAACCAAAUCAGAUCAAUGAUGAUAACGAAUCGACGACUAGUUCACUAAUGAAUAAUAGAUUAAUUGAUACAACAAAUCAUUCAACAAAUGAAUAA